AUGUUCCCGGUGCUGCUUAAAGAGAAUAAACCCCCGAAUGUGGAGGUGAUACUGGCACACAAGUGUCCUGCAUAAACAGAGGGGAUCCAUAGAACAUCUGCUCUGCAUGUAGAAGGUGCCAGGUUUGAUCUCUGAUAUCGCCCGGCAGGGCUGAGAAAGGUUUUGGGGAGCUUCUGCCAGCCGAUGCAGACAAUAGCAAACUAGGGUGGCCCAUGGUCUGCAACAGCUUCCUACGUUCCUGUUUAAAUCGGCUUUUCUUUCGGAGUCACGAGUGCUGGAACUUUAUAGGCAGAGAAGCCCCAUGCAGCUGAGAGGCAGAGCUCAUGCUCUGAAUGCAGAAGGCUGCAGGUUCAAUCUCUGGCACUGCCAGUUGAGAUGACCAGGUAGCCACUGGUAGGAAACCUGAAGCAUGGUUUGACUAUGGAGAGGUGGCAUACAAAUGCUGGUGAGAAUAGCUCAGCGGCAAAGUACUUGUUUUGGACCCAGAAGGUCCUUGGGUUAUUCCACAUGAUUUCCAUCAAAAGGAAUCAAAUAGCAGGUGAAGGGAGGGAGAUUAGAGGAGGCGCUGCCAGUCAGAGCAGACAAAACUGGGCUGGAUGGAUAGGAUUUUCCUAAGUUCUUACUACAUAGGUUCUUGCUGUAACGGAGCUGGGAAACUCCCUGCCUCCAGGAAGCCACCUGAAAGAAGAAUGGAUUUCAUCAUACACUUUACCAUGCUUGCUUGGGAUCUCCAAGAAGCCAUGUUGAUCCUGCAGAACAAGUACAACACCGUGUGAAGCAAUGCCUUCCUUUGGUCCAAUUAAUCCCCAAGCACCUGGAUGUGAGUUUUGGGAUUGCCCAAGAUUUUUCUUUGGCCACUGGUGUUGUGUGCAAAAGUCUUCAGAAGUUUUAAAGUGCAUAUAUCACUUCUAUCUAUAUCUAUCUAUCUAUCUAUCUAUCUAUCUAUCUAUCAUCAACUAUGGAUCAUAGUCAACCUACUCAGAGUAGACUCAUUACAUUAAGGAACCUGUUGUGGUAGUUCCAUCCGUUAAUUUCAGUGGGCCUGCUUAGAGUAGGACAAACAAUGGAUCUCACCCUAUAUAUUUUGGAAAGUUGAUUGUCUGAUAUGCACUGGAGAUCUCUGAAGAUCUCAUAACCAAAUUCUACAUGAUGGUUCCUGAAAUCAAGAGGCAGGGUUUUGCUUUUCUCUGCUUGGAUACAUCUGGAUGCCAUUUUGAAUCAAGAUGGUGACCUGAACCUUUAAAAACUGCAUUGAUUUUAAGCAUCGGCUUCAAAACCAUAGCCUUGUUUUGUUUUUGUUUCUUAGUAAUACCAGAUAUAAGGCUGGUCGUAUGCACUUAUCUGUGUUCGUGCACGCGCGCGCACACACACACACACACACACACACACAAAUUGAAUAUUAAAUUCAAUAAUAAAAAGGACAGUAAGAAAAAUCAAAGUCAUGUCAAAUAAAAAGCAGUGGUGGCAGAAACCCCCUAUACCUAUUAUUUGUUUAACAAGACUUAUAGACCGCUUAAUCAAAAAACGUCUAAGCAGUUUACAUAGAAGCUCAUACUACUACUGAUCAGGAGGCAGGAAAAGAGAAAGAAAAUGUCAUCCACCAGGGAGGGCAACCCCCUACCUGGGAACGGUAUUGAGCCACAUGGCAUAGGAAAGGCUUGCCUCCCUUGUGGACUGAGCAUAAUCCGUCUGGUUCAGAGGUUGAAGGGGAAUAUCAAAGAACACCAUGGAUGUGGACGGGACAUGGGUGUAGUCAAGGGGGGCAGCUGCCCCCCUAAAUCAAGUCAAUCAAUAAAACUACUUACGGUAACUAAGUGAAGUUCUGCCCACCCUAACAUGAAGCCUGCCGCCCCCCAAACAUAAAUCCUGGCUUACACCCAAGGGACAGGAAAUGGAUAAUCCCGGCAUCAUAGGGUCACAAUGUUAUUUCUGUUCAUGAUACCCAACCUGAACAUUAUUUUGAUUGUGAGAGUCUUUUGCAAGCCACUUAGCCUCUCAGGGCUACAAAGUGGGCUUCAAUAAGUUCAAGUAAACUAAACAGAUAAAUAGCAUCAACUUAAAUAUUGUAAAUAAUUAUUUGCUGAGAACACAUUGAACAGCAUAAUAAUAAUAAUAAUAAUAAUAAUAAUUUUAUUUAUAUCCCGCCCAUCUGGUUUCCCCAGCCACUCUGGGCGGCUUCCAGCAGAAUAUUAAAAGAUAAUGAUUCAUCCAGUAUUAAAAGCUUCCCUAAACAGAAGAGUUAAUAUCAAGAUUUUAAUGGCCUGAAUUGCUUCAACAAAGGCAUUUCCUUAUUUGCUUUUCAAUUUCUUUAUAAAAGAAAGCUAUCAAAUCACAAAUAAGGUCAGUCUACUACAAAGACUCUCCCCUCUUGAUCUGUUCCCAGGAAGCUUUCUCUCGACCAGCUAUUAUACUAUACAGAAAACUGAGGCGAUUCUGAAGGUAGGAGCUUUUAAGGCUACAAUCCUACACGUACCUUUGCAGGAGCAAAUCCUAUUGAACUCAGUGUGACUUACAUUUCAGAGUACAGAUGCAUAGGAUUGCAUUGUUAAAAUCACCAUCAUAAGCCUCGAAAACAAUGUGUAUCUCUGGCAAAUGAGUCUUGUGAUACAGAAAUCCCAUUUGUGGGGGAGGAAAGUUUAACUUAGAAACUUUAUAUAUUUCAGUGGAUGGCUUGAGACUUUCUCUUUAUUUCUUUCUUUUAAAAAAGCAGAUGCUAUCCAUAGAUGAGAGUUUGAAUUUCAGUGAUGGAACUUAUUUUAGUAGCAGAAUUCUAUUAGAAAUUUCAAAUGCUUCUGGGCUGGCUUCCUGAGGUCAUGUCGGUGCCCGAGCAAAAACUUUCUGUGACAUCACGGCCAUUCCAGCCAAUCAGAAUGCUGCAAAGGUUUUCCUCAAAUUCAGCGGUAGCAGCUGGAAACGAACUGCCUGUUCCCGGCUUGGCACUUUUUGCAUGCACUAAUCCUAAUUUUUUUAAGGGGGGGUGUGAGACGCUGUUUCUCGGUCCUCUUUGCUUCAGGCGUCACGCGGCUUUACCUGCCAGCCGCCGCCGCCGCCUCCAUCUGUUGGAGCUGCCAAGGUCCGGGAACGCUGCGCCCCGGAGGGAAAUGAUCGGCGGGACAGCCAGCCAGUGACCAACCGCGAACGGUGGACGGAGGGCGUGGCCCAUCGCUGGAGUGACGUCAGAAGAGGCAGGUCCCCAGCGGUGCAGGUGGAAAGGGCUCCCGAGAGCGGCUGGUGGAGGCAGAGCGGCUGCUUCUUAAAGGGCGAGGAGUCCUUUAACUCGCCCCUGACUCGCUGGGCUGCUCCGGGCCUGCAUUGCAAAAGUGAUCGGCUCAGGUAAGGCCAGAUCCGGGAAAGGGAGGGAGGGAGAGAGAGAGAGAGAGAGAGAGAGAGAGAGAGAGAGAGAGGGAGAGAGCGCUGAUGGGGCUGGGGCAGAAAGCCAUUGCUAAAACGAAGGAGAUUCGUCUUUGGGGUCUUUGGUCUUUGGGGUGGAGCGGAGGAAGAAGAAGAAGGCUCGAAGAAGCCAGUGGAUUAUAACUUGCAAGCCAGAAGAAAGAGGAAAGGGACAGACUCUCUCUCUGCAGAUGAAACGACCACUUUGGAGAGUUGGUGGAUUCUGUCAUCUAACUGGGCCAGCGCUCUCCCAUUCUUGCCUCCGCUACUUUUUCUCUUUUGCUUGAAGAGGAUUGCAAAUUUAGAGGGUGAGGUGUGUUAUGGGGUGGGUGGGGGAGAGGAGAGGGGGUAAGGGGUGAAAACGCGGCCCCUUCCUCCGGGUUGCUGCCUAUUAUUAUUAUUAUUAAUUCCGCUUUGGGAUUCCUUCGGAUGAAAAGAGGCACAGAAGUAGAAUCUAAUCAUCAGAUCAGAUCUGGCCGCUCUCCUUUUUCCAAAGCUGUCGAGAUUCUCCCGGCGCCUGGAAUGACUUUGCACAUCUCGGCGGCGUUGCGGUGACGUUUCCGUGUUGCCAUUACUCAGCAAACGGAGACGCCGAGGCGACCACGCCGCUGGAGAAAACUUCUCGGCGAUAAUAGCGGCUCUCCCGCCGGCUCCUUCCUUCUCCGCCUUGCCCCGCCGGCUCCAAUUCUCUGCACAUGCCAAGUCAUCUAAAGGAGAGACUUCCUGCUUUCCCAAACUUUUUUGCGGGCGGGGAGGAGUGGGGGGACGGACACACACCUGUUUGUGUCCAGAAAGCCAUCUCUGCAAUGUGCGUCGCCGAUCUAGCAAGCCCUGCCCCUCCCCGUGCUCUAAAAUUUAAUUUUAAAGGUUGAGCUGUUGUGCCUUUGCCUUUUUGUGUGCGCGUGUGUGUUUUGGGAAUGGGGAGAAGCCUUGUGACACUGCAGUGCCGGCAGCUGAGGGGCAGGCGCUUUGCUGGACGAUUUUCCUGGCUUGGGAGUGAAAGAUCAGCAGAUUCCGGGCAUAGAAAGAAGGCUGUGCCAGGGAAGCACUGCGGAAUCUCGUCUCUCUCUCUCUCUGUCUGUCUCCCUCCACUUGCUGGAGAACAUCCCUGCUGUGGCUUGCACAUGCCGGAGCCAACAGAGCCCCACACAACCAGGGCGGAGGGCAAAGCGCCAGCAGACAAAACAGGGAGAAAGUUUUGCUUGCCUUGAGCGGCACACGGGUUAGUUUUGACUAGCUUUCCUGAUCACGUGCAGCGCUGCCACUGCAAACCCAAGGUUAAUGUCAUUUGGAACAGUGGAGGAAGAAGUUGCAAGGCAUAAGAUUUGUGGUUAAGAGCCUAGGAAGGUCAGACCAAUGACCCAUCUAGUUCAGCACCCUUCUGUCACAGUGGGCAACGUGGAUGCCUUUGGGAAACCCACGAGCAGGAUCUGACCACGAGAGCACUCUCCUCUUCUGUGGUUUCCAUCAGCUGGCAUUGGAAAGUAUCCCUGCCUCUCAGCUGUAGAGGCAGAGUGUAGCCCCCAUGGCUAGUAGCCAUCCCAUGAAUUCAUCCCAUCUUCUUUUAAAGCCACCUAGGUUGGUGGUCAUUCCUGCCUCCUGUAGCAGCGAGUUCCAUAGUUUAGCUAUCCGUGUGUGAAGAAGUUUGUCGUGAAUCUUCCAGCAUCCAGCUUCAUUGGAUAUCCAUGAGUUCUAGUGGUUUGGGAGAGGGACAAAACUUCUCUCUGCCGACUUUCUCCAUCCAGAGACUGGCGGGAGGGAGCCUGGCUCGCCCCCCCUUACUUCAAAAAUUGGCUGGGCAGCAGGAAGGCUGCAUCAGGCUGCAGUCCUAAGCCUGGUUACCUGGGAGUAAGGGUGGGUGAAUCUGUCAAUUUUGGUUUCUUUCACUUUCUUAUAGAAAGAGGGAGAGUUUAGUUCUUCACAUUUCCACAUCACUUUGUGAUUAUUUUUUCAAUAUAUAAAAAGCCAUCCUCAUGAAAAUUUGUUAGCGUCUUAGUGCAAAUGCAAUGAGACAGUAGGUAGAGCCCAAAGACAGGUGGAGCUAACUAAUUCUGGUUUGGGCCCCUGAAUUCUUUCUACAAGGGCAAUGCUGAGCCAGGGCCUCUCCCUAGACUGGCUGUAAGCAAGAAGACAGGCAGGUGGUAGCUGUCACCUUCCCCCCUUUUUUUAAGGGAAAUUCCCUUAUUCCGAAUAGGAUUCCUUGCAAGAAAAGGGAAAAGUUGACAGCUAUGAGGUGGCGGGUGGCUGAAGGUAGACUGAGCCAGGGCCCCAUUUGCCCUGAUGGACCCGCCUCCACCAGUCUGGGAAGGCAAGACCUGUCCCAACAGCCUCAAUGAUAGGCUGGAGAAGAGAGCUUGUUUCACCAAAGCCAUUGUUGACACACCCCUCCUGAAAUCCCUUCGCUGCUUUCCUGUCCCCUCCUGAUUCUUGCACAGACUUCUCCAUGUUUUCAACGGCUUUACCCUUCUAACAGCCUGACAAAUUCUUCCCUGCUCUCCUUGCUCAUCCUGUUCUAGAACCCCUAGUCUGCCAUUGGUUUCCUUUUCCUUGAAGCAACCUCACAUUAUUAUUAUUGUCAACAACGACAACAUAUUUCUACACAGCUGUCUCAAGGCUAUGUGCAAUGAACACCGGGGGGUGGUGGGGUGGUGGGAGCUACUACGUUUAAAAACAAAACUAAAACAAUGCAAAAUACACCCUCUGGGCAAAGACCCAUUUAUCCAGCUGGGAAAGCCUGUAGGAACAAAAGUGUAUUCAGUUGUUUCUGGAAAGUGCAGAUAGUUAAAAAAGCCUGUCGUAUGUUGACAGGAAUGCUAUUCCACAGAACAGGGGCAGCCAUAGAGUUACUAUGGAGCUGGCCAGGAGAAACAUUCCUGUAGACUGCCAAGAUCUACUGGUUGUAUAAGGGAUAAGGCAGUCUCUCUAGUAACCUGGUCCUGAGCUAUAUAGAGACUUGUACGUUGGUACCAAAGCCACCAUGAACUUGGCCCAGUAGUAGAUUUAAACCCGUGCAAAUUCCACAUGCAAGGUGUUGCAUGCUGGCAAUACUGUAAUUUGCCCCUGAUGAGCAACCUAGCCACACCAUGUUCUGUACUAGCUGCAGCCUGUUUAGGGAAGCUUUUAAUGUUUGAUGCAUUAUUGUAUUUUAAUAUUUUGUUGGAAGCUGCCCAGAGUGGCUGGGGAAGCCCAGCCAGAUAGGUGGAGUAUAAAUAAUAAUAAUAAUAAUAAUAAUAAUAAUAAUGUGAACCAGCCUCAAGGGUAGCCCCACGCAGAGCACAUUGCAGUAAUCCAACCAUGAGGUUUUGCAUGCUUUACAAUGCACACUUUACCUUGGCAUACACAUUUUUUGAACAUAUAACUUGGCUGGGGAACUGCACUGCAAAUUCGGAAAGGUAUGAAUUUUGAAGGGCGGCUGUGUUUUGGUUUGCAUUUUGUUUCAGAAUGCAAAUUUGGUAGGUUUGCCUUUUAAUGAGGCAGCGAAACGUUUUUUGAACGUUGCCAGUCCUAGUGCGGGAGAGGAGGCUUUCAGGCUCCCUUUCAGGCAGCAGAAUGUCUUGGGCUGGAACUGUUCCUGAUGUGGAGGAGGUGCAAGGAACACCACCACAUACAUGUUCCUUCACAUACUCUAGUUGUUAUCUCUGUGUUGCUACACUUGGUGUUCUGUAGGCUCUAGGAACGAGCCUGCCUAACUUUCCCAGACCUGUGAGGUGGAUUUAUUUGGCAUGUGCCCUGGGAAUUUUAAUUUAAAACAAUCAAGCCCAAAGAACGUUCAUUUGGAAUACCCAGCUUGAGGUAACAAGCAUUACUGUUUGUGUAAUUAUCCUGCACAUCCCUUCCAACCUCCAUUCCCCUGCUUCCUCUAAGACAAAAGAGUUGAGUGUCUCAAGAAAAUAUAUAUAAUGCAAAGCUGUACCUUUUUGCCCUGCCUUUCCUUAGAUCUUGCUUUUAUUUAUUUUUUAAAAAAUGUUUUUAUACCACUGUUUUGCUGGUUUUACAUUGUGCUCGUGAUGCUUUUUGGGGAGCCAUACAUGUUCCCGCUUUCAAACCUGCAAAAGUUUAGGGACAGCUUCAUAUCCUGUAAUUUCCUGCUGAUAUCCCAUACCAUUUCAUACCACAUAUGUCCCCCCCAGCUUUUGCUGCUUUAGAGCCACUCCAGACAGCAGUGAUGUGGUAGCUUGGAGGAAGCAUUGCAGAAGAAAUCCACCGCUAAUGCACUGUUGUUUUUGGUCAGUAACACGUUGCAGAAUACACUUGCAGUGACACACCAGUCCCACGUUCCAUCCUGAGCAUCUCCAGGUAGGACUUGGGAAUGCCCUCCCAUCUGAAACCCCAGGGAGCUGCUACCAGUCAGUGUUGACAACACUGAUCUAAAGGGACCAUCGAAUGGUCUGACUCAAUAUGUUCUAUUUUAAAUCACAGCAAUUAUUUCUGAAAUUUGCAUCUAGAUACUUGUAAAGUGGCAUGUGCAAAUGUUAUGCCAACUUUGGUCACAAGUUUUCUCCUUUUCGGUGAGGCAUAGGUGUCCACCCUAGGCGUUGCUGAAUGUGAAAACAGAUGAACAGUUUGCAACACCUUCUUUCCCGCCUGGUUUUUUGUGUACUGAUCACAUUCUCUCCUUUGCUUUCUGCUGCUUCUAAAACCUGAAACUUGGCUGGGCAGACUUAAAUGUGGCUCUAUGUGUAUGUGGGCUUUUUUUUUUUAAUGCAUUCAUUAAAAAUGCUGCUUAUUCAUAUGCAGGUGGACCUGUUCUUCAUUCCCCUGGCCUGCCUUUCUCUUCUUCCCGUGCACCUAUUUGACCCGUGUCUGAGCCAGAGAAUGAAAGCGAAUGGGCCUGUGGUGCUGUUAACUUAAACCUCCAGAAAUCACCUCCAGCAUUGGAAGGCAGUAUGCCUUUGAAUACCCACUUGCUGCAGAACCCAGGUCUUGUUGGUGAUUCUUCCAGGUCCUGUCUCCCAACUUAAUCCUCCAAUUCUGACUUGUUCUUUGGGAACAGACUGUCUUACAUCAUUGGUCCAUGUAGCGCCUAGUGUCUGAACCAACACAAUGGCUGCAUUUGCCUGCUGCUGAGAAUCACAACUGGGGAGAGUGCUGUUUCACUCAGGGUCCUGCGGGCAGGUUUCCCACAGGCAACUGGGUGACGGCUGUGGGAACAGGGUGCUGGAGUCGACGGACCACUGGUCCAUUCCUUUCAGUGCUCCAAGAAGGCUGACAAAUAUGGCUUGAAAAACCACAUUUACAAAAGGCUUUAGGCAGCCCAUUAAUUUAUACCCCCCACUCCACUUGGCCAGCGAAUCGUGCUGCAGCAGUAUACUGUAUAGAAUUUGCAGCAAGCAGAUCCCGUUUUGCUUAUUUCCAGCUAGGGUUUCCUAGGUGGCACAUUUCCAGCCCUGGUAUCAAAUGGCGAGGCCCCCAUGCAUAGGGAGCCAAAUGCCAGCGUAGACCCAAACAGAAGCAAAGGGUGGCAGGAAGGAAUAGGGAGAUAAACUAGAUUAUUCUGGUGCUCUGGAGCCAGCCGUUCCUUUCCCAGACACCCAGGAUCAGGUUGCCUGCGAUUGCGAGCUCUAGAUUUUAACUGUAAAAGUUGUGAGUAAUUCAAUAUUCCGGGGAUGGCCCACAAACCUUCCUUUCCUUGCAACGGAAUAGGGAUGCUAUUGCAUUCUGGAAAACUACUCACCAUGCAGUGGCAAAGGCUGGGGCUGGGGGUCAGCAUGACUGGGCGCCUGCCAAUGGUUCUGGUGCUUAGAAGGGGCGACUGCUGUCCUAAUACUGGGGCUCCUUCUGGGUGUUGCUUCUGCCACUGGAUUGGGGGGAGGGCCUGUGUGGUCUCGCUGCAUGUUGCAACCCCCCAGGUUUGUUAGGGCUGGCUUGCUAUGUUUCAGAAGAAGCGAAGUAGCAGACAUUUCUUUCCAAAAAGGGCUUCUGUGAAGGGCCACUUAAUUCCAGAGGGGUGGUGCGUGAGACCAAUUUAGUCCAGAGUCUAAAACUGCCCAAGGCAGCACUGAAUAAUCAUGCCACAAACAGAGAGUGAGUGUGCUGAGAAAAGCAAUGGCCUGGGGCAGUUGGGAAUAUAAUUUUACAGACACAUAUAUAUGGAAUCUUAAAGGUAUUAAUAGAUUUACAGUGGUGAAAGCUUCCAUGGACUCGAUCCCAUAGCACUAGAUACAUUCAGUGUAUCCUCUGUUGGCAGAUAUUGGUGAUGUAUCCAUACAGCAGCCUUUGCCAGCCUGCAGCCCCGGCCAGCGUAGUUGUGCCAUCCUCGCUGGAUCGAUAUCUAGCAUCUGCUUAAAUGCUUCUGAUAAAGAUAUUUAUUAUUAUUAUUUAUUAAAUUUGUGUAUUAUGGUAAGUGCUAGAGUGCACAAGGCUAGUGUUUUCUUGAAGAAGUGUAUAAGGCAAGAAGAAGAUGGGAUUUUGCAAGGAUAGACUACUGCAGGACAUUGUAUGUGGUGCUGUCCUUGAAGACUUCAGAAAAUUCAGCUAAUGCCAUGAGAUUCCUCAUUGGGGUCUGUCAGUGGGAAUAUAACUCUCUGAGGCAGGGUUUGAAAUUCUGCCGGUGCAUUUUGCUCUGGCUAUCAGUGAAGAUGCCCUGUUGCCAGGAUGGUGCCUGACGUCACCACCAUCUGGAGGUGCAUGCCUGGGGAUCCUUGGAUAUUUACUGUUUUCACACAGUUAUGCUAAAUCUUGUAGAAUUCUAUCAGUUAUAUUUUAUCUGUAGCAUCAGAAGGAAUUUCAGGAACUGAGUCGUAUUGAAGAAUAUGGCUUUUGGGAUGUCUGGCCUCAAAAUGGCAACUUGCUUAAUGUGGUGAUGUACCUAUUUUGAACCUCCCAUCUCAUGUAGGCUUGGGCUUUCAACACGUUAAUCAUCACCACUGUUUCCUGUGCAAACUAAAAGGCAAACCUUCCUUGUGAUGGUGGGUGAGGCAUGGCUCGCUUGUCAGCAGGAAGCUGCUGCCUAGUUUCUGUGCAAAAUGCCCCAGAGUUUAGAUGAAGAAACUUAUAGGAAACAAACCCAGUUACCAAAGGCAGGGAUGGGGAACCUGUGACCCCCUAGAUGUUUCUGGAGUAAAACUCCCAUCAUCCCUGACCAUUGGCUAUGCUGGUUGGGCUGAUGGGAGUCUUGCUGGAUCAGUCCACUGUUAGAGGAAGUAUGUCUCUGAAUAGGUAAAAAAGGUAAAAGACCCCUGGACGAUUAAGUUCAGUCAGAGGCGACUAUGGGGUUGCGGCACUCAUCUUGCUUUCAGACCGAGAGAGCCGGCAUUUGUCCACAGACAGCUUUCUGGGUCAUGUGGCCAGCAUGACUAAACCGCUUCUGGCACAACGGGACACUGUGACAAGUGCCAGAGCGCACGGAAACACUGUUUACCUUCCCGCUGCAGUGGUACCUAUUUAUCUACUUGCACUGCUGUGCUUUCAAACUGCUAGGUUGGCAGGAGCUGAGACAGAGCAACGGGAGCUCACCCUGUUGCAGGGAUUCGAACCGCCAACCUUUCAAUCGGCAUGCCCAAGAGCAGGCUUCCUCAACCUCAACCCUCCAGAAGUUUUGAGACUACAAUUCCCAUCAUCCCUGACCACUGGUCCUGCUAGCUAGGGAUUAUGGGAGUUGUAGGCCAAAAAACAUCUGGAGGGCCGAGGUUGAGGAAGCCUUCCCAAGAGGCUCAGUGGUUUAGACCACAGCGCCACCCGCUCCCCCAUGUCUCUGAAUACCAGUUUCUGAGACUUGCAAGUGGGGAGGUUGCCUGAGUGUUCAGACCCUGCUGUGACUGGGAGAUCCAGUUGGCCCCUGUGAGAACGGGAUGCUGGGCUAAUUGAGCCACUGGCCUCGUCCAGAAACGUACUUGUUACAUUCUUGUGAAACUAAUCAUCCGUAAGCUGCCUCAAGAGGGCUUUGCCCUGCAAGGCAGCUUAUAAUUACACAGAAAUGAAUGAAUGAAUUUGUUAGAUUUUAGGGUGCCGCAAGACUCCUUGUUGUUCUUGCUGAAAAAUACUAACCGAGGCUGCUCCUCUGGAAAUUAUACUUGCCCUGAACAGAGCAUGUCUGUGCGUUGAAAGCAAUGGCUUUCGGUUCAUGAAUGGCAUGUUAAGUCAAUUAAUCAUAGGGUUUUUUAUUUAUUUGAGGGAAUGGCUUCACCACCAGGUCCCUAGAGAGUUCAGGCAGAGGUGAGGUUUGAACCAGGAACUCUCUGAUUUGUGGCAUAUAGGCCCUCUUGGCCCCUGCUCUUCCCUAGAUCGAUGAAAUAAGCACACAUGGCUACCCACUUUACAUUUUCAGGUAGGAUGAUUUAGAAGGUCUGAAUAAUAACAUCUGUAAUGUUUAAUUAACAUCUGGGGCUUGAAACAAAUAAAGUUCCCAAGGCGGAAACGAAAGAAGCUCUCGGAGUCUGUUCUAACCAGAUGAUGAGCAAACAGAAGCUUGAAAAAAAAUGCAGCUUUUCUAGAAGCUUCCUGAAGCUUCCUCCGGUCUUCGAGUGGGUGUUUGAUUUUCGUUGUUGUGUAUACUGUGUAUAUACGGACAAUGACAAUAAAUUUAUCUAUCUAUCUAUCUAUCUAUCUAUCUCUGGCUUGGCUCAGAAAGCGAUUCCUCAUCUGCGCCUCUGGUAGUGCCACUGGUGUGACAUGCUGCACCGAGCGACUCUGGCAAGAGCCCAGCCAGACGCGGCAAUUGUGUCGGGAAAUGUAGCGUGGCCAUCUGCCAAAGCACAAGGGUUGGUGGUGGAGGGCAGUGGAAGCUAUUUUCUUGAAUGCAGUCCUAAUCGAUGGAAGGGAAAUGGCCCCAAAAAGAAAUGGGCUUGUCAUCGCUAUGUAGUUGCUGAUCUCUGCCAGCGGACUAAUGAAACUGUUUUAAAUAUUUUAUUUUAUUUUUGACUCUAUCGCUUGAUCGCAUUUGUAUUUGUGGCUCCUAUGGGAGGAGAGGCAGGGUAUAAGUUUAAUAAGUAAAUAGAUAAUUGCAUUGAGCAUUUUUAAUUGGCGGGACCUGGAACAAAAUGUUCUGGGGUGGAAUCCUUCUGUCCGGUCCCCCAGGCAGCUACUGCCAUGAUCAGGAUACUCCCUUCUGUUCCUCAACUCCCUAGCAGGGACUCCCCCAACGACCUUGGUGAUGUGGACCAUCACCGCUGGCGUCCAACUGUCUUGAGAGACAAUGGACUGCACCUCUGCGGGUGAAGUCAAACCGCUGCAUUGGCAGCACUGAAGUGACUUCCCUGGGGCGCAAGCCUGGGCAGUGUGUUUGGAGGUCCUGGGCUGCCAAGACAACAAGACCCCCUUCUCGGCCUCGUUGAUGUGGCCUAAAGGUAAGCAGAGCAAUACAUCUGGCAACAGCUGGGCUGCAGGAGUUGCCGGAAGGAGGUGUGCAAGGUGCCAUUCAGCCGUCUUAGGGACUCCACUCCGGACUUGUGUAGGGUUUCCUCCUUAGCCUUUUCUUCUUCCAGAGAUGCCCCACAAGGGAGUGGAGCCUAGAUCGGCUUCCUUCUCAAGCUGAUGAGCCCCAUCUGAUCCUCAUUUCCUUCUAUAUCUUGUGCAGAAGUCAUCUUCUUGACCAUUGGACCUACUAUUGAUAUUGUCCUCUCCAUAUAGACAAGCAAAAGACGGUGUUGUAGUUCAAUGACACGUUCCCGUUGUAACACCACACAGGGCUGGAUUUAGGUUUGAUGAGGCCCUAAGCUACUGAAGGUAAUGGGGCCCUUUACAUGUCCAGCUGUCCUUUAUCAACAACAAAUUGUUGCUGUUUUUUGUGUUGAAUAUAUGCUACAUGGUAAUUUAUGGACCUAAUAGGUAUCUAAAGUCAUUUGCACAUAACAAAAUAUGUAUUUUAUCAAAGUGAUUGUUGAACUGAAAUACAAUUAAGAAGAAGUAUAUUAAUAGUUGAAACAAAAUAAAAACUUUUUCCUUCCAGUAGCACCUUAGAGACCAACUAAGUUUGUUAUUGGUAUGAGCUUUCGUGUGCAUGCACACUUCUUCAGAUAUCACAAAAGCUCAUACCAAUAACAAACUUAGUUGGUCUCUAAGGUGCUACUGGGUCAUGUGGCCAGCACUUAUUCAAGCCGCUUUCUGAACCAGGCAAGGCGCACGAGCCACCAUUUACCUUCCCGCCGGACGGUGCCUGGUGACAGCUACUUGCUUGGCUGUGCUUUCGAACUGCUAGGUUGGCAGAGCAGGGCCGAGCAACGGGCUCACCCAUCGCGGUUGGGCCAUGAGCCUUCUGAUCGCAGAGUCCUAGAUACAUGGGUUUGUCCACAUGCAGUGUCUUUAACACGGCUACCUACCUGUAUAUUAAUAGUGAAAUUUUUGUGGGAACCCCAAGAGAGUGGGGCCCUAAGCUAUAGCUUGUUUAGCUUAUACGUAAAUCUGGCACUGCCACCACACCUACCUGCCAUUAGGAUGAAAAUUCCUCCCUAAUGUGGGGGACCUUCUCCUCCUUCAAGCCUUCCAACUACAUGACUGGGGGGGGGAUAAACCUCCCCUCCCCACACCACGGUGACCUGGAUUAAAAUCAGCAACCCCCACAUACAUGUAAUUAAAGACAAACCAGUGACACGGAUAUGUGCUGUGCACGAAGCUUAAUGUGGAACUUGGCUCAAAGCCAGCUCGCAACUCCUUGCCCCAAAAUCUCUCUCUUGCCUCAGGCUAGGAAUUAACCAUGUCGAAGGAGCAGCUUGCCUCCGACCAGGAGGAGGGUUCUUGCUUGGCUCUGAGAAAUGGCUUGCUCCAAGCUGAAGUGACAGCAGGUGUGUUCCUACCCCUUGCUCAGCACCUGUAGUGAGUCAGCCAAAAAGAAAGAAAGAAAGAAAAAGGAUUUAAGGCAAUUACCUGCUCAGUAUGGAGAUCUGGCAGGUUUGCUUCUUUGCCCCACCAGACAUUUUUGGGUAGGGUGUGCUACUCUUGUUUGAACCAUUCAUCCUAAUGUAAUUAGGAAUGAGACCCAGAUCUCUUCAAAGCCUUUAGCAAUAUUUUCCCUCAGGAACUGAAGUGGCAGAAGGGGCGUGAUGACUGGCGUUUGAAUUUUCUGGGAGGGUGGUUGAGGCGAAGGGGUGAAACCCUUAGCCACUGGUGAACUCAAGCUGCAUCAGUCCAAAAGAGGGCAAAAGAUAGGGAUUUGCAUGACCUGAUUUUUAUGGAUAGAUGCAAAUUUAGUAAUUAAUACUAUAAUUAAAUGGAAAUAGGGUAGAUUAUGACCUGUCUACCAGCUCAGUCUGCUAUCCACAGUGCUUACUGUGAAUGGGCAAUGUCAAGGUCCUCUCAUGCUCCUCCUUCUUAGGAUGAUUUAUCCAGUAUGUAAAAAUCCGGAACUCAAAUUAAAAAAGGGAAAAGGGAAAAGAAAGGAUGAUUUAUCCAGUGUUAGAAAUGGAGAUAUGAAAGCUAGGAGCUAAAUGGCACCUUAACCCUAGGUCAUGGUGCAACACUGGAAUGUCUAGGCACACUUUUAUAUAUAUAUAACAAGAAUACAAAGCUUGAAAUGAAUGAACUGUAGCUUAAAUAUUAUGUUCAUUUUUCACAUGGUCUAGUCCUUCUCCUGCCCACCCUGAUAAUAUUUUUAAGACGGUCUAUUCUUCAGUCUUCAGAGAGUAGCUGGAAGUGGGGAGGCAGAAAAAGGUCCUCCUUUCCUUCCACUCUGCAGUUUUAAUCUGAAAUCUUAGGCGCAGUACCGCGCCAGAGCUGAGAAACUGCUUGUGCUAAUGAAAUUCCCUGUCGCAAAUGUGCGUAGAACAAUGGGAGUUUCGAACACUGGAGUUAUCUCUCAACCAGACUUAGACCAGGCAGCCUUUCAAAGAUAUGGCUGUCCUCUUGCAGAAUAGGACACAAUGUCCACCCUGAAGAAGAGGAGGAGGGGGAGGAGGAGGAGGAGGAGGAGGAAGAGGAGGAGUUUGGACUUGAUAUCCCGCUUUAUCACUACCCUAAGGAGUCUCAAAGCGGCUAACAAUCUCCUUUCCCUUCCUCCCCCACAACAAACACUCUGUGAGGUGAGUGAGGCUGAGAGACUUCAGAGAAGUGUGACUAGCCCAAGGUCACCCAGCAGCUGCAUGUGGAGGAGCGGGGAAUCGAACCCGGUUCACCAGAUUACGAGUCCACCGCUCUUAACCACUACACCACACUGGCUACACCCUGCUCCAUGUCACUUUCCUAACUGAACCCCACCCCCUCUGGUAUUGCUGUUAGCCCUGCUGGGGGUUAAUAGACAUGAACCUGUUUCUUUCCCUUAGCCAAAUCAGACUCUGGAUCUGAAGCUUAGGCCAGGAGGGGGGAAUCUUUUGCUUUCGAGAUGUUGCUGAACUACAACUCCCAUCAGCCCUUGCAAGCAUGACCAAUGGCUGAGGAUGAUGGAAAUAGUAGGCCAGCAGCAUCUGGAGGCCCAAUGGUUUCCUAUACCUGUGGCAAAGGAGAGAAGGAGGUGGUGUGUGCCCCUUUAAAUCUAGACCUCCAGUGCAGCAAUAAAAAUUGCUAGCACAUUUGCAAAGCUAAGCAGGGUCCGGUCCGGUUUAAAUUGGAUAGGAGACCAUGUGUUGAUAUUGCAGGGGGUUGAACUAGAUGACUCUCUGUAUUUUCCAGCUAUACAAGUCUAUGAUUCUAUUUGUUCUUAGUAGCUUAUUCACAUGCAUAUUGGAGAGCCUCUGAAUGAAAUCAUGCCAUCGCCCUUCCCUGCUUGUGGAUCUGGACUGCAUGUAGGACCAGAAGAAUAAUUACCACCUGCUCAAGUUUAUUGUUAUGCCUUCAGCACGAUUGAUCCCUUUUUAAAAUGAAUAUAGUAACAACACUAUAGAAGAAAGCAGCCAGCUAUGAUAUCGAAGAUCUAUCACAUGUACACAAAUGUGCAAAAUCCAGUUGGUUACUUUGCACAUAAUUAACAUUUUAGGCUGGGGUGGAGCUGAAGCCGUUUCAGUUCAAACCACAAGCCGUUUGGUAAUCGGUUUGGCACAUCUCUGGAACUGGUUCAGUUCUUCGUGUGGGGAAACCUGAAAGUGAUUCACUCUGAUGAUUUUGCAAAGCAAAGGUGGAGCAAGUUAACUUAAGUUAAUUAAGCACAGUAUGGCUAAAUUACUGUGUGUUAGUGUAAGUUCUAGUAAAAUUGGUGAGACUUUACUAAUGACAGAAGGCUGCCUUUGUGGGUCCUGCGGGAUUUAAGUUGAAUAAAAUUUAGGCAUAGUUAAAAGGGAACAAUUUCUUUUGAGCUUUCAUUUUCCUCUUUCUAGCUCUCCACUGAGUGACUGUUCCUGUUGGGCUAAACCAAAGUAUUGGGGUGUUUUUUGUUUUUGCAUGGAUGAAAGUGCAUGAAAUAAAAGUAGCAAAACACUUGGUCUCUGCUCAGAAACAAUGCUAAACCACAGUUUAGCAUUAGGGGAACGAGUCCUUCUGCUUCCUUCACAUGCAUCGGGGGGGUCAAAACAUCCUGUUCUCCUUUUAGGACUUCCCACAGUGCUCUUUGCUGUCCAAGCUCAGGGAACGGUGGUUAGUAAAAACAAACUAGGCUCAAACAAUUUGAGCCAGGUUCUAGCUCUUAUACAUGUAGCCGCAUGGCUUACAUUGCUGGUAACAAGUCCUGCUGCCAUUCUCAGAACCUUUGGGCCGCCCACUAUCCUUCCUUGCCUGCAGACGUUGCUUUCCAGAAAGGCUUGUUGCCUUGAGGCAUCCACACUCCUUAAACUGCAGCUGUGUUGCAGGAGAGCCUGUUGCAACAUCUGAUUAGGGAAAGGAAGAAAUAACAUAUAAAGGAAGUAUGUUUUUGGAUUGCCUUCUCAGAGUGCUACUGCUGCUUUGCUCGCUGGCACCUUGCAUCACGAGCUGAUGUGGUGAUGCAACUCUCUGGGCUUAAAUUACUUUCUCUCGCAGUUGGCAAGCGGCCUUGGCCCCGCUUUUGCCAGCUGGCUGAAGGCAGAAACAGACUGCCGUUUCCUUGUUCACAAUGGAUUUUUUCGGGUGUUUUACAUAAUCUGGAACUUGUCAGACGGGCUCCCAGGCCUUGUUUGCCAUUGUCCGCUGUUCAGAGUUUACCCAACUUCCAGGAUUGACUUCCAGCACUGCUUACUUGGAAAGGGGGACGAUGCAAGCUUCCCAGCCAGAGGGUGUGGGUGUGUGGGUGGCAGUUGGCCUAAUUAUUUUCCAAAGGAACUGUUACUGUGUUUGCCAGAGGUUCAAGCAGCUUCUCGGAGCUCAGCAACGCCCUGUCCAGGGCUGCGAGGUCUCUCCUUUCUGAAUGGUUUUUCUUUUGUCUCUCGCCUCUCGAUGAGGGAACCCUUAAUGGUCAGGUAAUGGACAGACUGUGUUCUUGUGUGUGUGUGGGUGCCUGCUUGCCUCUGUCUCCAGGAUGUAUUCGGGCUCUCAAACUGGCUAAAUGCAGCUUCAGAUUCGGAAUGGAGGGCAUGAUGAAGCUGCUCAUCUGACCUCCCUCCUGCUGUGUCGCUGCUUCAUACCAGGACGGGGAUAGGUGAGGUGGUGGCCAAGUUGUCACUGUGCAAACACACCAGCGGAGCCAGUCUGGUUGUCCUGCUGGUGUGUUUGCACCAUGCUGACCUCACCUCUCUCCCCUUUCCCCAUCCCAGGAUGCAGCAGCAACGUAGCUGCAGGGAGGUCAGGUGAGCGAUGCAGCCCCACCAUUCUGCCCGCUACUGAAAACAGCCGCAGCAAAUGGGAUAUGACAGUUGUACACAAAAUGUGGAGCUGAAGGGGUGGAAUAUGUGGUUGGUAAGUGAUAAUGUUCAGUUGGAAUUUUUUUUGGGGGGGAAAUGGAACACAUUGUUUGUUUGUGUUUAUUACACUUUUAAAUGACAGGCAAUAUCUAGGAUGGCGUGUAUGGAAAUUACAUAAAGACAGAAUGCACUCGGUUUCCAUAUUUAAAACAAACUGCCCAAGCUAUAUUAAAAACCUGUUCUUUUGAGCUUGAAUAGCCUCUUCUUCACUUUAAUUUUCGGGCAGGUAAUGCUCUGUCACAUCCUUAUAGAUACCAUUAAAGUACUCCUUUUUUUGGGUGCUGGUUAGUUCCUGAGCUAAGGCAGAUUCAGAAAGGCAUAAUUGCUGUAUAGUAGACAGAUGCCUAUGGGAAACUCAGAAGCAGGACCCGGGGACAAGAGCGCUCUCCCCUUCCUGCAGGUUCCAGCAACUGCUUUUCAGAAGCAUUACUGCCUCAGAUCGUGUUUGAUUUGUGGAUCCAGCAUGAUGGAAAUACCUUCGUUGCUUCAGACUUCUAAGAUGGUAAUGGCAUUUUCUCUCUUUCCUUUCUGCCUCAGGCAAACUGGUUUCUUGUGA